GGCUUUUCAGAGAAGUAGAAGAAGAAGAAGAAGAAGGAAGGAGGAGGAGGAGGAGGAGGAGAUGGCGAUGAGGGUGAGGAGGAUAGAAUAGUUUGGCGGUCUGAAGAGACCCAGAGUGACAAGAAGGAGUUUAGGGUUUCGAACCCUUUUGGUCACUGGGAUUUUGACUAGUCUUUUUCUCUCUUUCCUGCGAGAAAAUUUGCCCUUUUUUUCCCCUUUUGAUAUCACCGUUAAACAUCUGAAAAGAUCAGAAUCUUUUUGUUUUCCCGGUGGCAUGAGAGCCAAAAAGACAGUUUGAUCUUUGGGAACCUCCGGGCAGAAACCACUUGCAAAUUGUACCCCUUUUGGACUUCCCAUUGUUCUGCUCCCAACCGAGUCACUGGUCUUCCAACUCUUUUGCUCACGAUUCUUUGCCUUCAGAGAGAAGUUGCUUGUUUCACCAUUUUAUUGGCUAUCCAACAACUUUGGGUUCCAAAAAAUGGCCGUCUCUUUCACCCGUUUUUCAUGGUGGUUAUGGGGUGGCAAAGAUAAAGAGCCAGUUCCAAAUGGGUCGACGAUGAAUUCCUCGUUCGAUCUGGGUUUUGGUCAUAGGGAACCUGAAACGUUGCAAUUCCCUUCGUUUAAGGGGACCAAAAGAAUAGCCUCGUCACAGAGAAAGGUCAAGAAGAAAUGGCAGAGUAGGGAGGAGAGAAGAAUUGACAGGGAGUAUGAUAUUGUGUUGGUUCCAUCAGACGGUGGCUGUUUGUCUGGGUCUGAGUCUGAUGAUUCUGACGUGUCUAUCGGAUGGUUGGAACCCCACGGCCCUGGUUUUCAGACUGACGAUGAAUCGGAUAAUGGUUUUGCAGUUCUGGUACCUUGCUAUAGUCCUAGUUGCAAGGAGGUUGUGGAGGGCUCAAAUAAUGAGCUUUUAAGUGUCAUCAAGAACCUGUCAGACGAGUUCUCUUCUGAUCGCAAGAAUGACAUGGAACAAUGGCUUUCUUCUCUUCAGAACCUUGGUGCCUAGAAAUAGCUGGCUGAUCCUAAAUGGUGCCGGUGUGAAAAGAUUUCUGCAGUCUGAUCCAUGAGCACCGGAUGUGUUUGUUUACCACCCUGCUUAGUAAAAUAAAUUUGUUAAGAAGAACUAAGAAGAAUUUUAGAACAGAAAAAGGACAUGAUGUUAGUUUGAUCCAGUUGAGAAAAGUAAAACAAGCCCCUCUAAUUUGGAGUUACUCUGAGAACAAGUUCUUCUGCGCAUGCUGCAUUUUGUUAGUCUAUUCUUAGGUGCACAAGAUCGGUGCCAGGGAGAAAAUGUGAAAUAUAAUGGAUUCUUUAUUUGUAAAUACAGCUUCUGUUGUUAAUAUGUGUUUAUAUUUAUGCUUCUUAGCUCACUGCUAUUGUAAAUAAAAUUCCUCUUUUACCUAGUUAAUUUGAGGGGCAGUCUAAGAAUUUUGUAAUAUAAUCUUUAUUUCUGAUAUUUUCAUAUAUAUAAAUGUUCUUUCUGUUGCUUGUUAA